AUGGCCCAGGUCGACCAGAAAGUCGCUUUGAUUGUCAUCGAUGGCUGGGGUGUCGCCGGCCCCAACUCCCCGGCCAACGGCGACGCCAUUGCCGCCGCCGAGACGCCCUACAUGUCCGGCUUCGCCGAGCCCAACUCCAAGACCGCCCAGGGCUACACCGAGCUGGAAGCCUCGUCGCUCGCCGUCGGUCUGCCCGAGGGCCUGAUGGGAAACAGUGAGGUCGGUCAUCUGAACAUUGGCGCCGGUCGCGUGGUCUGGCAGGACAGCGUGCGCAUCGACCAGACCCUUAAGAAGGGCGAGAUGGGCAAGGUGGACAGCAUCGUCAAGUCUUUCACUCGCGCGAAGGAGGGCAAUGGCCGUCUGCACCUGCUGGGAUUGGUCUCGGACGGUGGUGUCCACUCCAAUAUCACUCACCUGGUCGGCUUGCUCCAGGUUGCCAAGGAGAUGCAGAUUCCCCAGGUCUUCAUCCACUUCUUCAGCGAUGGCCGUGACACAGACCCCAAGAGUGCGACCAAAGAGAUCGGUGUUGGCGAGAUCGCUACCGUGGUCGGCCGCUACUACAUUAUGGAUCGUGACAAGCGCUGGGAGCGUGUUGAGAUUGGCUUGAAGUCCCUGGUCACUGGCGAGGGUGAGGACAGCUCGGAUGUCGUGCAGACUAUGAAGGAGCGUUAUGAGAAGAGCGAGAACGACGAGUUCUUGAAGCCUAUCAUCGUUGGUGGCAAGGAACGCCGCGUGCAGGAUGGCGACACCCUCUUCUUCUUCAACUACCGCUCUGACCGAGUCCGUGAGAUCACUCAGCUGCUAGGUGACUACGACCGCUCUCCUCGCCCCGACUUUCCUUACCCCAAGGACAUCUCUAUCACCACCAUGACCCAGUACAAGACCGACUACACCUUCCCUGUUGCCUUCCCACCGCAGCAUAUGGGUAACGUGCUAGGCGAGUGGCUCAGCAAGCAGAAAGUGCAGCAGUGCCACGUCGCCGAGACGGAAAAGUACGCGCACGUCACUUUCUUCUUCAACGGCGGUAUCGAGAAGCAGUUCCCCGGCGAGGUUCGCGACAUGAUCCCCUCGCCGAAGGUGGCUACGUAUGACCUGGACCCGAAGAUGAGCGCCGCCGAAGUGGGCCAGAAGAUGGCUGCCCGCAUUGGCGAGGGCAAGUUCGAGUUUAUCAUGAACAACUUCGCCCCUCCCGACAUGGUGGGCCACACUGGCGUGUACGAGGCCGCCAUUCAAGGUGUUGCUGCCACCGAUAAGGCCAUUGGCGAGAUCUACGAGGCCUGCAAGAAGAACGGCUAUGUUCUGAUGAUCACCGCUGACCAUGGCAACGCCGAGGAGAUGCUCAACGAGAAGGGCACCCCCAAGACCUCCCACACCGUCAACAAGGUUCCCUUCAUCAUGGCCAAUGCCCCGGCUGGCUGGAGCCUCAAGCGGGACGAGGACGCCGUGUUGGGUGAUGUCGCACCCACUGUCCUGGCUGCCAUGGGCAUUGAGCAGCCCGCGGAGAUGUCCGGCCGCAGCCUGCUGGUCAAGUCAUAG